AUGGCCAACUACGACUCCAGCGACAAGCGAUCGGCCUCGCGCACGCGCAACUCCCGUCCCACCACGCCCAUGCGCCCAACGACACCGCUACGCCCUUCCUCGCGAUCCUCUUUUCGCGAAUCCGCCAGGGACAGCGUCCACGGCAGCGAGUCCUUCCCCCUCAACACCUUUGAGCCGGCCUUUGCCGAGCUCUCGGACGCCAUGGCCGACCUCGAGGCCAAUAUGAUGCACUUUCAGCUGAUGCACGAGAGCCUGGCUCGCUUCAGCGAGUCGUUUGCGAGUUUCAUGUACGGGCUGAACAUGAACGCCUUUUGCGUCGAUUUCCAAGAGGGUCCCGUCCCCGAGUCCUUCCAAAGGGCCAAGCAGCAAGAAGAAAUGAACGCGGCCGCAGGGUCAGGUAUUGCUCGGGCGCUUGAAAAGCCUAGUAAUGAUUUUGACGGCGAGACGACGUUCAUGACUACGGAUGUUUCGUUUGUCGAGAAUCCACCCGCCUCCUCCAAGCCCACCCCGAAAUAUAAGACUCCCAGCGCUACUACGAGAGGCUCCCGCGUGCCGGCACCUUCCACCCGUGGCGGCACAAUCCGCAGUCGCGCGGGAGGCCGCGGAGGCUCCGAGACGACAAGAGGCCGGGGUACCGGUAUCGUCAGACCACGCGGCCGUGGCAUCCGGUGA